AUGGAAUUGACAGUUGCUCAACAACAUUUAUUUAAUUAUUUUAAAAUUGUAUAUGUGACGACAAAAACCGAAGCUUUAGAUGUUCUAAAAGAGAUUAUGAAUACGAACGUAGAUAAUCAUAAUUUAGCAAAUGAAAUAUUUUCACUGAAUAAAGUUAUUAAACAGUAUGAUUUUGAAAUUGUAGAAUGUUUUUGUGAAAUUACCUCUGAAAAACUUUUGAUUCUUGUUAAUACUACAAACGAUGAAAUAACGCAGAAAGCAAAAUAUCAUGAUAAAACUACCCUUCAAUUUUUUUCUGAAAUUAUUAACAAUUGUAUUUCCUCUGAAGAAGGGUUUCUUACAGAAACUCAUUGUCUUAACUUAAGUGUCGAUGUUGGACUGUCAAAAACUUCAGCUGAAAGUUGUCUGAAUAAUUUGAUAAAAGACAAAUGGCUAAAUUCUAGGAAUGGAACCAUUUCUUUAUCGAUGAGAACAAUUAUUGAAUUAGAACAGGAUAUUAAACAUUGUUACAGUGAGAUUAUUAAAACAUGCACUCUUUGUAGGAAAAUUAUAUUACAAGGAUACAAUUGUAUAAAUUGUAAUGUUAAAUAUCACUUCUUUUGUUUGAAAAAAUAUGUUCAUUCUCAAAUAAAUCCUUGCUGUUUAAAAUGUGAGUCAUUUUUAGAGGACUUACCUGAAGGGAUCACACCCAAACAAUCAAGAAUUAAUAAUAAUACAACUUCUCUUAGUCCAUGUCGAAAAAAAAGAAAAGCUUUUUGA